UACAAAAUGGCGUCUGUUGAAAGUUUUUCGAUGGAAGCUUCCAAAAAGAACAAGAAUCGAAGUGCGAAUUGGGCGGAUGAAGAAACGAAGCUCCUGAUCCAAUUGUGGAAAGAAAAUUUAAACGAUUUGAAUAAAGCCAAACGAAAUCGUAUUAUUUACGAAAGAAUGAGUAACGAAAUGGAAUUGUUUGACAUCCGUCGCACUGCUGACGAAAUUAAGACAAAGAUCAAGAAUUUGAUCAAACUUUACAGGAAAGAAAAAAUGGACCAUUGUAGAACUGGUUGUUGUCCGUCAACUUGGCCAUACUACGCAAUGAUCAACGAAGCAUUAGGCUCUCGUCCAAGUUGCAAUUUCGGCCAAGUAAAAGAAAGUACUCAAAGAACAGUCAUGGAGAAUGAGGUUGAUCUGGAAGAAGCCAGCACUUCAAUUAAUGAAGGAAGCAUUGCUGACACUUCCGUUCAUGAAGAGCAGGAGGCACCUCAAAUAAUGAUUGAUAAAGAGCCAGUGGCCGAAAGUUCCUUUGCAUCUAUGAGAGAAGCAGAAAAAAGCCGAAAGAAGAGGAAGGCUAAAGCGCACUUCAUAGAGGAAUUAUAUGAAGAUUAUAAACAAACAAAAUUAAACAUUCAAGACACAGAUAACAAGAUCUUAGAAUUGUUAAACACGCAAAAUACAUAUAGCCAAUUACAGUGUGAUUUGCUGCAAAAGUUAAUAGAGAAAAUCGAAUAA